GCGUGUACCCUCAAGGCCCUAAUAUGUCACCACAUCCAUCGGUGCUGCUGCAAUACGCAUCGCACGAGUCUAUGCCUGGGUAUCCCCAUGGCAUGGGCGGCUCACGCGACGCCAAUGCGUUUGCGCCUCAUCCGCCCCGGCCACCGCCACCGAGUACAACUUCAUCAUCGUCGAGCUCGAAGUCUCGUUCCAGACACUUGCCCUCUGCAAUUCAGGCAGCCGUUGACGAAGCAAUACAGAAGAGCACUAGUGCGGGAGGUGGAUUGAGUAACUCGCUCACAAGAUCGAAGACUUCACCUGCGACACUGACGAAAGACCACAACGAGGGUUGGGGUGAUGGAAUUGAUACAUGCAUUUGCACGACGAACUGCAAGUGUCGAAAGGGCGAGCGCGCUGUCAAGUGGUACGAGGGCAUGGCCAAGAUCGGCGGCGAAGAAGUCCCAGUGCGAGCCAAGCUGAAUACUCGAUAUGUGCUGAAAGACGAUAUUGGCAAAGACUGCGGUGAUCACUCUGGAUGCAAGAAGAAGACAGGCUCGAGCUCAAGCUGUAGUUCGAGCAGUUGCGACACGGAGACUUCAAGGUCGAAAAAGAGCAAAAGGAGAGAUAAGAAAAAAGCGAACAGAGCGGGAAAAGCUGACAUGCUCGAUGACUUGCAAGUUGAGCUUGACAAGAUCAAACAGGCUACAGCUGUAAAGCAAGGAGAUCCAUAUGGAUCAACGCCAUUCGGCGGGUAUGGCUCUGGAACACCAGGAAACUAUCCCAAGAUGACGAAGCAGAUGAUGGAAAUGCACGAUCCGUACGGCAUGGGCCGCGUGGGAGGAAUGAACGCCACGGGGAAACUGCAAGGCAUGUACGAUCCUAUGACCACGCGUAAUCCACGGCAUGCGCGAAUGCCACCGAAGGCUGGAAUGCGGAUGCGAUCUGAGCAUACCGAAUUUGACAAGGAUCGUGAGGGCCUGGGAGGUGCAAGCCCGCUCAAUCCUUAUGCACGGCCAAGUGCCAUGCGCAGCAAGGGAAGGGGCUCAGAUUCUAUGCUGCCGAAACGCAGACCGAGAUUCGGUCUGCGACGAGACCCGGACUCUGACAGUGAACCGAGCGCGUCAAAUCGCAGUCGCGACAGCAAGAAAGGGGGCAUGGGGGGCGGCCGCCCUCGGAGAAAUUGGGAUUUCGAAUUCGACGAAACCGACGUCAGCCUUGGUCCGAGGAGGCAGUCAGCCAUAAGAGGCUUUCGCAGUGAUGGAGGUGAAGAGCCAGGGAUGUACAACGUGCCGAGUAAGUCGUGCAUCGUUAGUGUGUUUGGUUUGCGUCUGGCUGAAACUUCCUUAGAACGCGGCGAUGGGGAGAAGGGUAGUACUUCACCGUGGAACCGCAUCAGCCUAGCAGGGAGGAAUGGUGGGGUACGCAAAUGGCGCACCGCGGGGAGGCAGGCGCGCGCUGAAACAGACGACGAUGAAGACUAUUGAGGCC